AUGGCUGAACUUGGAAGGUUGUUUUUUUUAGAUUUGAAUAGGCGAAGUUUUCACUCAAGCCGACCGUCUAAUAAAGAAGAUUAUUACAAAACAUUGGGUAUCAAAAAAGAUGCUUCUGCUAAAGAAAUCAAAAAAGCAUAUUUUCAACUAGCCAAGAAGUAUCACCCCGAUGUAAAUAAGAGCAAGGAAGCACAGGAAAAGUUCCAAGAAAUCUCUGAAGCAUAUGAGGUGUUAAGCGACGAUAAUAAGCGACAAGAGUAUGACACUUUUGGCGCUGGUACAACGCCAGGUUCAGGUAUGGGAGGACGAGGUGGUGAAUGGCAGUAUAAAGGAACAGUCGACGUUAAUGAGAUAUUUCGUCGUGCCUUUGGAUUUGGUAGAGCAUUCAGUUUGCUUAGAUAUUCUGUGUGCUCUAGCUACUUUAGCUUUUUGAAGGAGGGCGGCUUCGAUUGGGAUUCUUUCGCCGAUUCUCAGUUUGGACAUUCUCAUGCACAGGAAAUGGUGAUGGACAUCUCAUUUGAGGAAGCAGUAAGAGGUGCGCAAAAGAAUGUUUUUGUCAAUGUAGUCGAAGACUGUCCACGGUGCAAAGGUACUCAAGUUGAACCGGGUUUCAAGAAAGUAUCAUGUCCAUACUGCAAUGGUACAGGAAUGAUCUCUCAGCGGUUGCAAGGAGGAUUCUUCUAUCAGGCAACUUGCAAUCGAUGUGGAGGAUCAGGG